AGUUGUUUUGAUUGCGGAAGUGUGCAGAUGCUGUAGGCGCAGCCCACUGAAGCGAUCUGUUUAGGACUCUGUAAUUUGAACGCAUUUUGAUCUGUCUGUAUGUAGGCUUCUGGGAGCUGCAGGGUACAUAUCGAUCAGCGUUCCAGCUUGAGCUGUGUCAUGAUGGCGGACCACAAUGACAUCAGUCUGCAGCCGGAGGAGCGAGUCCGCGCUCUGACCAAGAAGGGAAGCUCAGUGGAAGUGAACGAGGAUGUGCCCCCGCGCCGCUACUUCCGCUCCGGCAUGGAGAUGAUCCGCAUGGCUAACAUCUACACAGAGGAGGGCAACAUUGAGCACGCCUUCGUCCUUUACAAUAAAUAUAUCACGCUCUUUAUAGAAAAACUUCCCAAGCAUCGGGAUUACAAGACCGCUAACAUUCCUGAGAAGAAGGACACACUAAAAAAACUGAAGGAUGUAGCAUUUCCUCAAGCAGAGAUUCUGAAAAAAGCUCUUUUGAGGAGAUUUGACCAAGAGUAUGCACAGUAUCUUGUCAAAAAGAAAGUGGAGGAGGAGGCCAUGGCGCGGGAGCAGUCCAAACAGCGAGCACUGGACGCAGAGCGGGAACGUGUGGCUGAGAUGCAGCGGCGGCAGCGGGAGCAGGAGCAGUUCAGUGCCUUCGAGGAGAUGAUCCGGCGCCAGGAGCUAGAAAAGGAACGGCAGCGAGUGCUCCUGGAGUUUGCCACGCCCGCCACACCUGCUCCUGACACGCCCCUCAUUCCAGGCAUCCAGGGUCCCUCGAUUGUGUCCCCCACCGCGCCGCAGAGCCCAGGAGACCUUUCCGGCGGCACCAACCACCAAUACAAUCGCCCUCCUGCGACCAUCGGCGCACCUGGCACCGGCCUGCCCGGCUUUGACCGGUCACUAAAGCCCGGGUCUCUGGUCAGCCCAGGGAACAACAAUACAAUGGUGGAUGCCCUUCGGCAGUUGGCUGUUCCUGCUGAGCUGUGCCGAAGCUUUCUAAAGUUGGCCGAGGCCAACACAACCCGAGCUGUAGAAACUUGUGGCAUCCUGUGUGGCAAACUGACCAGAAAUGCAUUUACCGUGACCCACGUCAUCGUACCAAAGCAGUGUGGCGGACCGGACUAUUGUGACACAGAAAAUGAGGAGGAACUCUUCCUCAUACAGGACCAGUACGAUCUCAUCACCCUGGGCUGGAUACAUACUCAUCCCACACAGACGGCCUUCCUGUCCAGCGUCGACCUCCACACACACUGCUCCUACCAGAUGAUGAUGCCAGAGGCCAUUGCUAUCGUCUGCUCGCCUAAGUUUAAUGAAAUUGGCUACUUCAAGUUGACGGAUCGAGGAACAGAGGAGAUCUCCACAUGUAAACAGAAAGGCUUUCACCCUCACAGCAAAGAACCCCCUCUAUUUACACACGCAGGACAUGUCACCAUCACCGAUGACACUGUGUCCAUGGUGGAUUUGCGGUGAUUUUCCUCCCCCUUUUUCACCAGAACACUUAGACAGUUUUAUCAAACUGGAGACAUUUUACUGAAAAAAAAAAAA